GCUUUACUGUGCCUCUCAGUCCAUGAAAUUGAUUGCCUAGACAAGAUAAAACACAAAGCAUUCAAUAUCAAGGUCGAGAGCUUUGAUGUAUUGACUUUUGAGCCCAUAGAUUCGACAUCCCAAUACACUGUACAUAGGACUGAAAGCAUCACCCCUUCGGCACAGAAGUCCAGGCUACACUAAAUACCCUUCACUAAAAAAUCAACUUUCUCGAUCUCCAUGAUAUUCAAUAGUCUGAUUUUGGGAUACGGCACUGAAGGCUCCCUUUCCCUGUUGGAUAUUCAAAUUGUUACCUUCAAAAUGACGAAACUGAGGCAAAACACUUGGAUCUUGCAUGAUAAGUGGUUUUCCCGCAACGGCAGAAUGCUGCCCAUCAUCAAAACGAUUUGCAGUGGGCUUAGGGAAACUGCCACCAUUAAGAUUUGGCAGUACAUCCAUCUGAGUACAUUUCGUGACUUUCAGGCUGAUAUUUUUGUUUCGAAUGUCCUGGAUACCCCCUACCGCACUAAAGGAUGCAGACCCAUAGAUUGCUUCAGGUAUAACACCAUCAAAUUGAGAGAGAACAGUAGGAUCGUAAUUCUCUUGAACAGAACUGGUGACAUUUGGAUGAUCAGUCCGUUGGCUCUGUGUAGGUUGUGCUCUGCGGAGACGAAUUGUCUGCCGUCCCCCAACCGCACUGAAUGCCCCCUCGUCAAUACAAAUUUCCCUGCCCCGAAAAGCACAUUAGGAUGAGAAUUAUUGGGACCAUGAACAGAAGGUCCAAUGUAAGCAUCUCUCCGUCGGUUGACGAUGAGGGCCCCGUUGUCUUUCAGUGGUACAUCCCCAUCUUCUGCUUCCAGUGUCGCUGCCGGUCCUUCAAUAUCCAGAAUAACUUCAGGAUUAUUGUCGUCAUUCAUACUUCGCGAAUUAUAGGGAGGUACUACAAAGAACAAGCAGAGAUAAG